GUCACAGUCUCUCCAGUGGAGACUUUGGUGAUAUGAUGAGGAUCCAACCACGCAAGUUUUCUUUCUUACAGCCGCAGCUUCUGCUUCUCCGUCGAGUGGUUCAUGAGUAAAUCACAACUGGAACACAUCUGGAAAGUUGACACUGUGAUGCUGCAGCAACAAUGUCACAGCUGUAUUACAGGAAAACUGAUAACUCAUCAUACAGGGACCGUAUCCCUCUGCGGAUCGUGCGGGCCGAAUCUGAGCUCUCUGCCAUGGAGAGGGCCUACCUGGGGGCUGUUGAGAAGGGGGACUACGCCAGUGUGAAGCAAGCCCUGGAGGAGGCUGAAAUCUACUUCAGGAUCAACAUCAACUGCAUCGACCCCCUGGGGCGCACAGCUCUGCUCAUUGCCAUCGAAAAUGAGAACCUGGAGAUCAUUGAGCUGCUGCUCAGCUAUAAUGUAUACGUGGGUGAUGCCCUGCUACAUGCCAUCCGCAAAGAAGUGGUGGGGGCUGUGGAGCUGCUGCUCAACCACAAGAAGCCACGUGGGGAAAAACAGGUUCCACCAAUUCUGCUGGACAAACAGUUUUCAGACUUCACCCCAGACAUCACUCCAAUCAUCCUCGCAGCCCACACCAAUAACUAUGAGAUCAUCAAACUGCUUGUACAGCGAGGUGUUUCCAUACCUCAGCCACAUGCUGUGCGCUGCAACUGCGUGGAGUGUGUGUCCAGUUUAGAUGUGGACGGCCUUCGUCACUCGCGCUCUCGCCUUAACCUUUACAAGGCCCUUGCCAGCCCUUCACUCAUCGCCCUCUCCAGCGAGGAUCCUUUCCUCACGGCUUUUCAACUCAGCUGGGAGCUGAGGGAGCUCAGCACAGUGGAGAAUGAGUUCAAGUCAGAGUAUGAGGAGCUGUCCCAUAUAUGUAAGCAAUUUGCAAAGGACCUCUUGGACCAGACCAGGAGCUCCAAAGAGUUAGAAAUAAUCCUCAACUACCGAGAUGACAUCAACCCCCUGCUGGAUGAGAAUAGUAAUGAUCUGGCCCGACUGAAGCUGGCUAUCAAAUACUGCCAAAAAGAGUUUGUUGCUCAGCCCAACUGUCAGCAGCUGCUGGCUUCUCGGUGGUAUGAUGAGUUCCCAGGCUGGAGGAGGCGUCACUGGGCAGGAAAGCUCAUCACUUGCAUCUUCAUUGGCCUCCUCUUCCCACUGUUGUCCAUCUUCUACCUGAUUUCUCCAAAGAGCCGCUAUGGCUUAUUCAUCCGUAAGCCGUUCAUCAAGUUCAUCUGUCACACUGCUUCCUACCUGACCUUCCUCUUCCUACUCUUCUUGGCCUCACAGCAUAUAGCCUCUGCAGAGCCGAACUUUCAGGGCCCACCCCCCACCACUGUGGAAUGGAUGAUCCUGCCCUGGGUGCUUGGUUUUAUAUGGACUGAGAUCAAACAAAUGUGGGAUAGUGGUUUCGAAGACUACAUAGAUGACUGGUGGAACUUAAUGGACUUCAUAAUGAACUCCUUGUAUCUUGCAACCAUCUCUCUGAAGAUUGUGGCCUAUGUGAAGUACAGUGGGCAAAAGUCCAGAAGCAGCUGGGAAAUGUGGCACCCGACUUUGGUGGCAGAGGCAUUGUUCGCCAUUGCCAACAUCUUCAGCUCCUUGCGCCUGAUCUGUCUUUUCACUGCCAACUCUCAUCUGGGACCCUUACAGAUCUCACUGGGCCGCAUGCUCCUGGACAUCCUCAAGUUUCUCUUCAUCUACUGUCUCGUGUUGUUAGCCUUUGCCAAUGGCCUCAACCAGCUCUACUUCUAUUAUGAAACAGAUGAGGGCAAAAAUUGCAAGGGAAUUCGCUGCAAUCAGCAAAACAACGCAUUCUCAACGCUGUUUGAGACGCUGCAGUCAUUAUUUUGGUCUGUAUUUGGCCUGAUUUCGCUCUAUGUGACCAAUGUGAAACCAGAACAUGAGUUCACUGAGUUUGUGGGCAGCACCAUGUUUGGCACGUACAAUGUCAUCUCCCUGGUUGUGCUUCUGAACAUGCUAAUUGCGAUGAUGAACAACUCCUACCAGCACAUUGCUGAUCAUGCAGAUAUAGAGUGGAAAUUUGCAAGAACAAAAUUAUGGAUGAGCUAUUUUGAAGAAGGGGGGACUUUGCCAUCUCCAUUCAAUAUAAUACCCAGUCCAAAGUCUGUUUACUAUCUAUUUGGGUGGAUAAAGAUGCAUUUGUUUAAGAGACCAAACAUAAAACAGCUUGAAAACUUUGAAACUUUGGGGAGACGUGCAGCUGAAAAUGUAAGAUUAAACCAUGAGUAUCAGGCAGUGUUGAGAAACCUCAUGAAGCGGUAUGUGGCCGCAAUGAUCAGAGAUGCCAAGACAGAAGAAGGCUUGACAGAAGAGAAUUUCAAGGAGCUCAAGCAGGAUAUCUCCAGCUUCCGCUAUGAAGUCCUGGGAAUGAUGAAGGGUAAACCUCAAGGUGGGGUUGCAGGAAAAGUUGCAAGCUCCUCCUUGGCUUACCCUGGAAACUCAUUCAAAUACUCUCCAAAAUGCCCGACUGAUGAGCCUCAACAGAAGCUGAACGUGUUUGGUGAGACCAUCACCACCACCGCCUUGCAGAGCGGAGGAGCCAACAUCACCACCUCUGUGGGCUCUAAUGGGCAAGCCACUGGCUCAGUUGUUCUGCUAAGUGCAGGACAGCCUCACAAUGAGCUAUCCAAGGAUGUCUCAGAAGCCGGGCCCGUCAAACAUAGCAGACUCCCGUCUCAGAAAUGUGAUGAAAUAUAUUCAUUGUCAGAGGAAGAUGCGUUUGGAUCUGGUGGACAAAACCAAGAACAACUUCAGAUUGAGGAAGUGAUUGUGGAAGUCUUACAGAAAGUGGAGAAGGACAUUCAGGAAAUUGAACAUUCUUGCAAAGAGCAUGCCAAGGAAGUGAAAAAUGGGCCAAAAAAAUACAAAAAUUAAUCUGUCUGCAAGUAAGAGAUGGUAAUCAUGUUGGAGUUUUAAAACUUUUCAUUUUCAUUCAUUCAUCUAUAAUGAUUUUUAAAAUAGUUUAUGAAAUAAACAAAUUAUCUCAUGGUAAACAGUACUCUAGUUAAACAAUAUAUUCAGUUUAAAUAACCUUGUAUCCUGUAAUCUAUAAAAAGAUAUACUACUAUUGUGUCAUAUCACAUUAUAUUACAUGCAUUCACCUCUAAUUGAUGGAAGAAAUACAACAACACUGGGUGAGGACUGACACAGUGAAUGCUGACUUAAUGCUCAGGGAAUUGUGAAGUAAGUUAGUAAUUCAUGUUUUACCUUGAGCAUUUAAUUCCAAAGAAGCCUGGCCUAUCCUCUACUGUUUUACCUUGAACUGUCCUUUUACUGUGAUAUGCAGAAGUAUCUUGCAUCUCUAUGUCAAAAAAAAAGCUCUUCAUAUGCUGACAGUAUCUGGUCCAUUUUGCUAAUAUCAAUUACACAGAAAGAAACCAUCAAUAAAAUGAACACUAAGUAAAAACAAGGUUUUUGUUUGUAUUUAACACCUUAUAUUGAAAUUAUAUAGUUGAUGUGGCACCACAUAAUUCAGAGAUUUGGGUCAACUUACCACCGUAACCUGUUUAGGUUAAGAGGAGAAGAUUUACUCCUAAUUCUGUUGUUGGAGCAGAAAAGGCAUGCAAUGCAAUCAUUUAAGAUUUGUUACAGGAUUUAUUCCUCGACAGACCAUCUGCUAUAUGUUGCAGGUGGAAGGGCCCUAUCAAUGUGUUAAUGCGCAUUUUUGUAACUUGUAAAGAGAUUGCUCUGUGAUUAAAUAAAAGAGAAUGCUAAU